AUGCCGCGGGCUGUGCAGCCACCGAAGAAGUGUGGCGUGCGGCAAUGCGAAGCCAGUGUGCUGCCAGCUCGGUGGGACGAAGACCGUCAAAUCUGGCGUUCACGAUGCGAAAAGAAGCGAGCAGGGAAUCAACUCUCGAACCACGAAUGUUGGUACGACGAAGACGAGAAGGUUUGGGUCUGGACGUCAUGUUUGAGCAAAGCCCUUGGCACCAAGGGGGCGCCCAAAGGCAACGGAGAAUCGCAAGGAGCCGAAGUGCCAGAGGAGGUUGGACCAGAAGAACCACAUCCGAAAGGUGCUUCUAAUUCAAAAGGGAGAGGAAAGAAUGGCAAAAAGGGUUCCAAAGGUACCCAGAAUUCCAAAGGCAAAGGCAAUGCAGCAAAUAAAAAAGAUGCACAAGGAGACAAGCUCUUGGAGCAGACUGAUGGCACCGGGAAACAGGAUGGAGGAGACAAACUCUUGGAGCAGACUGAUGACACCGGGAAACAGAAUGGAGGAGACAAGCUCUUGGAGCAGACUCAGGAUGGAGGUGCUGAUCAGCUUUCGGUCGAAAAUGCUGAAGGUGCUGAUCAGGUUUCUGCGGAAAAUGCUGAAGGCCAAAAGGAAGAAUCAGGGCUGUCCCUCCGUGAUGCAGGAGACAAGCUCUCAAAGCAAGCUGGUGAGACUGGGAAAGGCGAAGUGGCGCCUCUGACUCCAGAGAAGUGCCCAAAACCGGACAAGUGGAGCAGACUUGAUGUCCAGCUUGAGCACUUUGACCGUAGUCGCUUGGGCAAUGACCGCCCUUCUCAGCAAGAGCCACAUGUAACCAGCAGCCCAAGAACACCGGUGAAGAACGACAAAGGAGUUCCAGCGGCAUUCCCUGCAGACACAAUGAGCCCCAUCAAAGUUCUUGAGAGGCCUCGGAGUCGUGGUGCUGCUGCCGAGGGUAAGGACACAGGUCCAAUGCCAGGCUGGGCUUGGGGAUGCACUUCAGAGUUCAAGCCUGCUAGAAAAGUUGCAAGUGUGGGGCAUCAGGCGGAAAUGCUAACUGCCCUGCUGCUGCCCCGGAUGCAGCGAGCGGAAGUGCUGCGGAGAGUGGACCAAAAGGAAGUGCUAAUGCUGCCGCCCCGGAUGCAGCGAGCGGCCGGGCUCUUGAGACACAAAGAUGUGGUUCAAAGAUGUGAAGAGAUUGACAACAUUGAAGUGCUGCGGAGAGUGGACCAAAAGGCACGGGCCCUUGGAAGGGAAAUGGAAGUGCUAAUGCUGCCGCCCCGGAUGCAGCGAGCGGCCGGGCUCUUGAGACACAAAGACGUGGUUCAAAGAUGUGAAGAGAUUGACAACAUUGAAUGGCUGGCGAAACGAGAUUUGAUAGCUGCGGAAGUGCUACCUGAUGGAAAUUGCGCCGUAUGGUCGCUCUUGUCGUUGGAGGCCAAGAAUCCGUUCCUGCCAGCUUGGGACCACAAGAAAGCUGCAGAGGAGAAACGUGAAGAGAUUGCAAAGAAACUGGAGGAAGCUUCAGCUUCGAAGGGAUGGCGGGCUCUUUACUCAGUCAUGUAUGAUGUGAUGCAGCCAACUCAGGAGGAAGAUGUCCAGAAAACUGCAGUGAAAAAAGAUCCCGGCACUCCAUCAAAGCGGCCGAAGCCAAAUCCGCCGAUCUUUAUGGAUUUGACCACGCCGCCCAGGAAAGCGAAGGAGGUAAUGGUCGAUGGUGCACAGCGUGGGGCUUAUCCAGAAAAGCGGCAGAUAGAAAAUCCUGUUUUCGGUGCAGAACCUGCCGCAGAUCCUUUCCCGGCAGCAAAGGACAAAGCCCAGAAAGCAGACUUCAAAGCCAAUGUGGAGAAGGCGUUAGGCCAAUCUGCACAACGGCCUGCAGCCCCGAAAAGGAAACUGAAUCCUGCCACAGAGGAGGAAGAGGAGGAAGAGGAUGCGGAGGAGGAAGACGCUCCGAAGAAGAAGAAGAAGAAAAAGAACAGAACCUGCAAAGUGAGGGUGAAGCAAGACAGCGACAAGAGAGUGGCAGCUGCGAAGGCCUACUUAGGCUCCAUCGGCAUAUCAUGGCUAUCCUCGCAGGCUUACCAUGGGGAGUACAAGUGGAAAAACCUACCCCAGCGCACUGCCUUCAGCAAUCUCUAUGCCAAGCUCUUGGAGGGGGAGUUGCCAGAGUGUUUAGUUUGUGUGGAGAUGCUGAAAGCAAAGGAAUUCAACAAAGAUGGUUUCGAAGCCGUCGUAGAGAGUGCCACAGAUCCUUCAAAGCAAUCUCCAGUUUCCCAACGACUCCAGGCUUUGUGUGAACAGUUGAAGGCCGUCGAGAUCCAACGUCAAGCAGAUGCCUCAGAUAUGGCAGAGGGGGAGAAGGAGGAGGCAGCUAUGGCAGCUAUGGCAGAGGGGGAGAAGGAGGAGGCAACUGACGAGGAGCAGGAUGAGGUGACAGAAGGCCAAGAGGAGCCGAAUGAUAAUGAGGUCAAGAACAGUCGUCGCCAGCCGGAGGGCAAAGUGUUUGAAUGUAGCAGAUUGAAAAAGGACUGUGUCCGGCACUACAUCAAGCAGCACUGUGGACCAGAACAUCUGAAUGCAGUGGCAGAGAUGAUUUCUCGAAUAGCUUGUGAACAGAAGUCACUUGGUGAGGAUGAGUCGUGUGGUGGCUCGAAGGAGCAAGUGCCAUGUCGUGGCCUUUCCCUCACUCAUGGCAGCAUGAGCCAGCUUUCGAAAUACAAAGAUGACUUUGUGCUGUGGGUGAGGUACACCAAGCUGAACCAGGAGGGUGGCAAGCACGAGUACACCUUCGUUGCAGCUCGUGAGGAACUUCUCGUUCAGCAUCAACAUUGUGAGAAGAUCGUGUGGAUCAAACCAGGUGAAGAGGCAACCUGCCCAAAGUGCAACAACACGGAGAUGGCAAAACUAGCUGUCAAGUGUGCAACGAAGUUCUCGACUAGGUAUUGGGCCGCAAUCCUCCUCUCUUCAAAGCUGUUCAAAGGGGAAGAGCACACAGAAAGCUUGAUUUCCAGCCUGAAGGCAACACACCUCUACAAUAUGAGGAAGGACAGCUUAGAAGCUGUCAUCCCACCUGCUGAGGCAGACACAGCAUCUUUGCAGAAGCUGCAAAAAUUUGUGAGGAUGUCUUGGACCAGAACUCCAAAAGAGAACCACACUGAACUCAGCAUGGCUUUCAUGGUGGAGGUGGUGAACCCAGUUCUUUCAGUGAACACGGUGGACUGCACAGGUGACAUGCAGAAGUUGGCCAACCAGUUCACAUCUUUGAUCUCUUCGCAGAACUUUGAGCCAGACAGCCUCGAAGCUUUGAACUUGCGAAUCUUGAAAGGCACGGCUGGGGGCAAGCUGUCACAAAACCCAGCUGCAAUGGGCAUAGUUCUACAAUGUCUUGAGCUCAUAGGCAGAUCGGAGCGCGGUGUGUCCAUGAAGAAACGCCGCAAAAUGGGGGACAGGGAGGAAGGGAUGGUCCAUGAGGCCGCAAUGCUCUUGGCCAGCAAUGGCUGCAGCGCUGAACUCAUGCAGCAGAUGGGCUUCAACAAGGAGUCGACUUUGAAGACUCACAAUCGCCUGGACAACUUGCUGGAGCAAAGCCUGCCAUGCCCGGCUCUUUCUUUGUUGUUCCCCGGCAUCAUCGAGCGCAACAUGCAGCUCAUCGACAGCAUCAUUCCUCGACAGAUAGCCCGCAGGAGAAGGAUGUGUGUCGCAUUUGACUUCACGUACUUAACCCCCAUCCACAGCACGGUCCAACUACAUGGGAAGAAGGCCCUGGUCGGCAGCCCGUUCACCAUGAAAGACCUUUCCACGGAUGCUCCUGGCAGCUUUCAACAGAUUCUGCAGGGGAGAGAGAUGGGGAACCGAGUCAAGGCCAAUCGGAUGUGUCUGGGCUUGUUAGUUGGCAAGAUCGGGCCUGAAAAGGUUGGAGCUGGUGGUUUGGGACCCAAGCUCUUCGAGCCUUCAAUGCUGGAGCCCGAUGAGCUUACCUCUCUCCUUAAAGAAGUUUUCAGAAUGCUGGAUGCUUUUGCAGACAGGGCCUCAGAGUAUUGCAAGCUGUUCAUCUGUGAUGGAGAAGCUUGCAACUCCAUUCUGAAAUCGGCCAUUUGCGGCCAGUUGUCCCCAGAGCUCAAGCGGAAGAUGUUCCAAACCAAAUUCUUUUCUCGGCUACGGCAUGUUCCCAUUCAGGGUUUGGAGGAGCUUCCUCACUUUCCAAUCAGAUCGUGUUUUCUGGAUGACGGCGAUCCCAUCUUUUGCAUGCCGGGGUCGGCCCAUGCAGUGAAGAAUGCGGCAGGCCAGGUUUGCAGCGAGACAAAGGUGCCUUACUUUGGGCGGCAUUUCUGUGAUGCCACGGGUGCCUUGGAAUUCUCCUUGCCAAUUCCAGCCUACGUCCGGAAGGAUGGCAUGUCUGACCGUUUGUCAUCGAAUGCUGCUCUGGAAUGUUUCCACCGCUAUGUGCGUGGUGCCUUCGGCUGGUUUAGGGAAAGGUGCGAGUUGGCAAUAUGUGGACACAUUUGCUACGAUUUGUGGGCCUUGACGUCCUCGCAGAGAGAGAAAGAGCAAAACGUUGCAAAAGGUAAGUUCCAACUUGCCCACCAGACGCGUCGAAAUCUACAAGCAGUUGCGCUUUCCACAGUGGCGAUGUGCGCCUCAAAAAGUGAUGAUUGGGAUGCCUUUCGUCACCCACAUGGUUUGUCAGAGAUCCAUAUCGAGAGGUUUUUCGGGCGUCUCCGUGCCUAUUCGGCUUCAGGGGAUCUGUCUGCAAGACAGUUAUGGAAUGCAGAAGCAGUACAGAUGAGACGUCUUUCAAAGACAAAGCCUGCAGGCCACGUUCCAACCGCUGCAGAAGAGACACCUUUGAACGCGGCACAGCUGAGAUCCUGCGCGCAGAAUGCUUUGAAUGCAGCGUUGCAGCUGGUGUCCCAGGCUAGCGGGAUCGCCUCGGGGAAUUUGCUCAGGGAGUACAUGGCAGAGAGUGUAGGCGACUUCUUUGAGAUAGAAGAGGAGGAGACAAUCAAUGAGGAUCUGCUUGGCGAAGGUCAAGUUGAUGAAGUGAGAGCAGUGCUGCAUCAAAUUGAGCAAGUUGCUGCAGAUGAGCACAGAAACGAAGCGGCCUUGGAUGAGUCUGAGGCACCACCUCAUGAUGCUGACCUGGAGUUGCCAGAUGGCCUGGCAUUGGUGGAGCUGACAUCACAUGAUCCAGCAGACACAGCUGCGGCGAAGGAGAUCUCCGACAUGGAAAACUUCCCGCAGACUCUGAAGGCUGCGUUGGCGAAGGAUGGCAACAUAUGGUCCAACCUUUGGCAAUUGGCUGUGUUCCUGAGAUGCUCAGUUGGUGGCAUGGAUUCCGCCUACCUGAAGAAGGGUGAGGUGAUCAGACAGAGGGCGCGUAAACUCAAUUGGCAUCAGACUUUGGAGCAUGAGCUGAAAGAGAUCAGGGAGCAGGAGGAUGAGAUGCUGGCUGGACAGCGUGGCUCCCGUUUGGCAAAAUGGAUUGCAACCAGCGACAAUGUGAGACAGCAAGCUGGGCUGACAGCACCUGAAGCGAUGAAGAUUGGGAAGGUCGUGGUGUUGCACACAGGCACGGCGGAAGUGGCCCUUGUGCACACCAUGUGGCCAAACUCGAAAAAACCAAAGCCGUGCGUUCAGGAGCUUCCCCUGGAUCGUGUCAAGUGCUUCAGGGCCACAAUCUUGCUGGAAAAAGAAGGUUCGGAUGCGGUGUCUCCAACGGAAUUCACUUGGAUGUACACACCUGAGAAUGUGCUUGCAAUCCUGGAUGUUAUGGAGGCGGACGUGGCAAGCGGCAAAAUCGUGCUGACACCAAGCUCCAAGGCAGCGUUGUCAACUUUGAAGGCCCAAGAGCUGCCCGAAUUGGAGGUGAAGAACAGACGAAAGCGCCGAGCAAAGGAAACCGCAGAAAAGGAAGCUUCAGCAUCAUCCGCCAAACUUUCCUUCAAGUCCGUGGCCAAAAAGGUGAAGAUGGUUGCAGCAGCAUCCGCAGCAGGAGAUCCUUCCCAGGCCGAUGAAGCGAGUCUCAUCGGACCAGACGACAUCAGACGAAGCAUCGCAGGCAGGAAUGCCAUCAAGCGCUUUGCCUCGAAGCUUCUGGACUUGGAUGCUCUGCAUUUUGCAGAGCAGCCAUGCUUUGACCUCCUCUCCCGCGAGUGCACGUUGAAAGUGGCUAAGGGGUACAAACGCAAAGACUUCCUCAACCACAUUCCGUUGUAUUUCCAGUACGAAUACUUUUCAGUCAGAUCUCCGGAGCACUAUGGGCACAAGGUCCACUGCGCUCUCACGAAGAUCUUGGUGGAACUGCAAAACCCAGUUCCUGAAAGGAAAGGACUGCAGAAGCUGAUUGCGGACUGCAAGUCUUGCAAGCUGAAGGGGUCAGUCCAAGCAUGA